GACAACGACCUAGCGCUGUUUGCUCCGCUAUCUUUAUGAUAUUUCAUUCAGCCGUCGGAUGUUAUAGUUCUUAGCUGUGUUAUUGCGGCUGCAGGACUUUGCCAGUGUUUAUCACAUUAUAAUUACAUAUAUACACACACACACACGUAUACAUAUAUGUACAUAUAUUUAUAUAUGUACAGAUAUAUUAUAUAUAUUUGAAAAUAUAUCGCUCUAUAUAUAUAUUAUUUGUAUAUGUCUAAUAUCUGUAUAUAUUUAUAUAAGUUAUUUGAUUAUUCUCAUUACUUUCCUAAUUCUCUCGACCAAUAACUUUGUAUCACAUUUCCAGACUUAUACAUACAUGUAUACAUACAUACAUACAUACAUAGCAUAACAUAACAUAACAUAACAACAUAACGUAACACGUAUACUGCAGGACAUUCCCUUAAACAGCUGUUGACUGGAGAUUGGAGAUCACGACGAAUAUAUAUAUAUACAUAUAUAAAAUAUAAUAUAUAUAUGUAUAACGUAUACAUAUACGAUAUUUUAGCAGAGAAGGAAAGCAUCGGCUCGGAUUCUAUAUAAAGCUACCGUAUAUAUAAUAUAUAUAUAUAUACACACAUACACACAUACAUAAACACUCCCAUCCUUUCAACUUUCAUAUAUAGUUUUUUACAAUACAUUUUGGGAAAAAUUUACUGAUAAAAUACGAAAAGAAAAGAAGAGAAAAGAUUUCCUCCAUGUUUGAGAGAUAAUUUUAUACGCUGACGCAUAAACACAUUCGCAAACAUACACAUUUCACAAAGCAUACCCACUUAUAAGCAAAAGUAUACAUGUACAGGCAUAAUUUUAUUAAAAUAAGCUCAUUUAUAGAGAAGAUAGAUAUAUAGUUAUAAAGAAAAAUCCGUAAAGCACCACUCUCUUUCUUUCUGUGUGUGUAUAUAUAUAUAUAAAUUUAUUGUAAACGAAAUUCCGACUUCUUGCGAAGUGCGCAUUGAUUUCAAAUACAGAAUCGUAUUGCUGUAUUUUUUUUAACUGAAAAAAAAAUUUUGAUAACAAUAAAAAAAAAAAAGCAAUUUAAUACCAGGAAAAAAAUAUUCCAAGACUGCAAAGUUGAACAACACUUAAAGAUUUACCAAUGGAAAAGACUGGAACUGUACAUUUUUGGAAAAUAUAACGGAACUCAUAUCAAGGAAAAGUUAAAUUAACAGAGGAAUUGAUCGACCAGUCCAGAAUUCGAUUCCAAAAUAUUCAGACAUAAAAAUCAAUAACGGUUUAUGUCUACAUUGAUAAGUUAACGAUUCUUAUAUAUACAGACAAAAAUAUAUAUACACUUAUGCAUACAUCUAUAAAUAUAUAUAUUAAAAUACACAUACUAAUGUAGAUAUGUGUGUGUCUCUAUACGUAUGAAUUUACACGAAUAUUUUUAAAAAAAUAAUUCUACUUCAAAGGGAUAUUGAUAUUUAUACACUCACAAUUAAUCUUUUAAAAAAUAUAUAAACACAAAUACAUAUAUGUAUGCCUAAGUGUAUAUAUAUUUUGUACACAUAUAUAUAUAUAUAUAUGCGUGUGUGUGAGUGUGUAUAUGUUUAUGUAUGUGCAUAAUUGUUUAAACUAAGUGACACAACACCAAUCAUGCAUUAUAGAGCACAACUGGAACUAGUGAAGACGGCUGAUGCGAUCAGCAAUGCCAGUGAAUACACCAGAUUUCCUACCAAACAAGAUGAUAUCUGUUUUAUCUCCAGUGUCAUUUGUAACGACGAUGACAAAAAAGACGACAGUGAAGGAAAAAGACGUCGAAAACAACGACGUAAUCGAACGACUUUCAACAGUACACAGUUGGCCGCCCUGGAAAGAGUCUUCGAACGGACGCAUUACCCAGAUGCCUUUGUACGUGAAGAAUUAGCUCGAAGAGUAAACCUCAGUGAGGCCAGAGUUCAGGUGUGGUUUCAGAAUCGAAGAGCGAAAUUCCGUCGCAACGAAAGGAACUCUAUGGCGCAGCGAAACAACUUGUACGGCGCCCACCAUCCAGAUAGCUCGACUCCAAUAGAACAACCGAUAACGCCACGCCCGUCCCCCAUGAACACAGACUAUUUGUCAUGGACGACUCCAGCGUACAACCCUAUCACGACGUCAUCCAGCUGCGCUCUAGUCAACCACACAUACCCUCCACAGCAUAGCGUUGGCUCAACCCUUGCCUGUUUACGGCUGAAAGCACAGGAGUAUAAUAAUGUUAUGCAACACCCGGGUUAUGGUGGUGCACCUCAAAUGCCCCAAUAAGUCAAGUGACAUUGUCGGCUAACAAAACAAAAUAAGAGGCAGUAAAAGAAACAAAUCAAAACACAAUAAGAAGAAAAAAUAAAACAAACGAAAUCUCAAUUCUAAUAAUUACAUUUUAUUUCAUCAUCAGUUGCUCUUGUUUCAUUAGAAAAUAAUUAAAAAAAAAAAAGAAGAAAGAAAGAAAAUGAAGAAAGCUACUUAUCUCUGAGAAUAUGCCAGUGAUACUGACUUUGAAAAUGGAUAAUGAUGUUUGGCUUCUCAGUGGUGUUAAUGAACUAAAAUGCUUGAGGUGACAAUGAGCAACAUUUUAAAUAAUAAUUAAAGGCUUAAAAAAAAGAAAUUUUGUGCACAACAAAAUCUUGAAGUUCGAGCCAAAACGAUAAUGAUAAUUAUAAUUAAUAGUAACACUGUUCGUUGUUCAGAACUGAAAAAAAAAUUACACAUGAGAAGAAAUCUUUGUCAAGAGGUCUUCGCGGUUAUUUUAUUGUGUACAGUGUGAUUAUACAAAAAAGUGUUUUUCUUAUGAGGAAUGGUAGUAGAUAUAAAGAAAAUGUAAACGAUAUUACAAAAAUAUAUCAGUAUUAUUCGUAAGAAUAACAAGAGUCAAAUAGAAAUUCAGUGACAAACAGCGGUUUGCCAUUGAAUGAAGUCAUCCAGUUCUAGCUGAAAAAGAAAAUCAUAGUAUGUCUACAGACGUAUUAACACUGGUUUGUGUUUAAGGAAAACAAAAGCGAUACACAGUGUAUCGUAAAGCAAAUAAUACAUUAAGAUUAAGAACAACAGUAGUUGAGAGAGUUAUAUAUUAUCGUUUUUCUUGCUGGUACUCUAGUGGUAGACUGGUAAGCUUUUGGGUCCCGUUGAACGCAAAGGCAGGGUGCUAUGAAAUGUAAAUUUAGCGUCAUGGUGUACUUGAUUUAAAAUUAGCAUUGUGUGAUGAGCCUCAAAGACUAGACAGAUGAUCGCGACGAGCCGCGUUCGCGAUCCGUAACUAUUUCAUUUCACUUAAAUCUCUAAUGUCUUGAGAUAGAGAACAAAAAAUAUCGUCACUUAAGCUGAUUUCCCGGUCUCUGUAAAUCUAAAGCCAUGUGCUGUAUAAGAAAUUAGUAUAUACCUUUAAUCUAUUUUUAUCAGUUUCGGUCCUUUGCAAAACCUGAACAAAAUAAACUAAAUGAUACCGCAUGUGCCUUCAAAAAAUUUUCAAAGAAAAAUUUACUUUUCUCUCUUUCCUUCUUUUUCUUCUUCGUAGUUAAGGUUAAAAAGUGAUAUAUAUAUAUAUAUAUAUAUAUAUAUUAUAUAUAACCCAUAAUAAAAGUGAAAAUAAGUAUUUUAUUAAUUCAACUCCGAUGAAAAUAUCUAAAUCAAAUCCCAAUAUUCUCAAUAAUUUUCUCCAUUCUAGUCAAUGUCGAACGGGUUUCGAAUAAAAUUUUCAGGAAUUCAUUGAGUUGAAUCACACAGUGCCUUCAAUAAGAGUAUACAGAAAAAAAUAUAUAUUCUUUAGCUUUUUGCAUAUUUUAUAAAACCACUACUACGAUUGCUGUCGGCCUUCAUAACUAAAGACUUAAUAAUCGGCCAUAUUGACUUAUAUUUUUUUUAAAGAAAUCCACUGUUAACAAACAUAGGUGGUUCUCAACGUUAAAUCCAGACUCUUGUUUCGCAACCCUGAAAUGUAAAUGACUGACAAUAUAUUGUUGACAACUCCUGUAUAUUUUUCUCUAUGAUUUCACACGACAGAACAAUGAAAAAUUUGUGAAAAGAUAACUUAAAUCUAAUUAUAUCUUUUUAUCCUUAUUUGAUACAGAAGACAGUUCUUUUUUUUUUUCCUUUCCAUUGUAGAAUGAAUCAGAUCUUCCACAUCUCUAUCUCUUUAAAUAUAUAAAUAUAUUGUUUUAGUAAAGUUGAACUUGGCAGCUUUACUAAGAGAUGCAGCUUUACUAAAAGUGCUGCUGCUGCUAACCCGCCAUCAGUUCUGACCUUUGCAGCUGAGACAUGUCAAAUAUUUUGUACUCACAUUUCAUCUGUUCCUUUAACAUUUGUACCCUUAACACUUCAAACAUUAGCGAAAAUAUCGCAGUAACAGCCAAUUAAUUAUGUUUUGUUAUUAAAUCAUAUCCUUAAAGUAA